UUGAAUUGAAUAAUUUAAGGUUGCAGUGAUAAAACAUAAUAUUUCCGAUAAUUUAAAUGCUGGACAUAUUGUUGUUCUAACAGAACAUUGAAACAUCAUUUAAAGUCCUUAAAUAUUUUUACCUGUGAUAAGUUCGCUGUGAUACGAUUUCCACCUGUUUUAGUUUAUUUAUUUUUUAACUAUAAGUAUCUUGCCCUUGAAGUAGGUAAGCAUGCGGUUUAUAAUAAAGCAUACCGGUCGAGGUGGGGAAAGAGUGGGCACACUUUCCGGCUUCCUAAAGUCUCCAAAUGCCGUCAUCGAAACACCCACGGCCGCUCUUGAAACUAAAGGUGGCAGUGUAAUACACAUAACCGCAGAAGUAUUAGCCAAAAUAUUUACCGCUCCACAAUUGCUAUGGCUGCCACUAUCAAACUCAAUUCAGUUAGAAACUGGCUGCAAACUACAAAAUGAAGGUGUGGCGAAGUUUGCUGGUCUUCCAGAGCAUGUCACAUUGGCUUCCCUCCAAAAUGUAAGCGAGGAAACUUCAGAGGGUCAUUUUGAGGGUGAUAAGGUACCACUAUGGACAAGACAAGGAAAAGUUAUGAUAUCUGCUUCCAGAUAUAUGGAUGUGAUGGAAGUAUUCAAACCUGAUAUAAUUUUGGCCAUUGCAGAUGGUCAUACGUCUUUGGAGGAACCAAAUAAGAGGAUUGCAAAGUCCGUUGCUAGAACCAGUAAUAUGUUUGAGGUUUGCGUUGAUCGAUAUAAGGCCUCAACUCAACUGAAAGAUAGCAGUCUAAUAGGUGUAGUAGUGGGUGCAGCUAAUUUGAAGAAGUGCGAGGAGAGUCUACAGAGUGUGUUGAAGCAUGCGGACGUAAUACAGGGUGUCGCUCUUGAGGGUGUGACGGACGGGAAGGGGAAAACUAUGGACAUAGAUUAUGAUGACUUGAAGGAGAUAUUCGAAAAGAUUGGUAACGCAAUACCUAAACAUCUACUGCGCAUAUUCGAAGGCGCGUGGAACCCUGCUCUAGUGGUGUCCGCUAUAGAACAAGGCUGGGAUGUUUUCGACGGUUCAUAUCCUGUCAGCCUGACGUGUGCGGGCUAUGCACUGUGUCUAACAUACGAUAUGAAUAAGGAGAAAACGCCGUCGUAUCUCCUGGAUUUGAGUGAUGAAAGCUACGCAGAAGACUUUACACCUAUAGCUAAAGGUUGCGAAUGUUUGUGCUGUCAGAAGCACACGCGCGCCUACAUACGACAUCUCAUCAACACACGGGAGAUGCUGGCCUCGGUACUGUUGAGCAUACACAACCUCUACCAUUUUGACCAACUGUUCCAUCAUGCGCGUCGUCAUAUUGAAAAUGGUACAUUCCAAGACUUCAAGAAUUACAUCAUAGAGCAAUGCAAAAACUGCACAGCGUCUCUAUACAAGUUCAAGCCUACACACGAUAAUAAAGAGAAUAUAAGAGAUCCGAAGAAGUUACGUACUUAAUAAAAUAUUAUGCAUAUAAUAAUUAAGGUUACUUACCGCAACGCAAUGAUGCUUGAAGAUGAGAAUGAUGGGCAUCAUUUUUAGGGUUCCAUACCCAAAGGCUUUAAACGGCACCCUAUUACUUAGACUUCGUUGUCUGUCCGUCUGUCUGUCUGUCCGUCUGUCU